AUGGCUGACCAGCAGAUUCACCGGGAAGGUUCCGAUACCUCCCUCAAUUCCACUGCCAGUUCUAUCAAUGGUUCCACCGUCGCAUCGCCUCGAUCCAGCACCGAAUCCCGUUCCUCUAACCGCAAUUCCCUUCGUGUGACGCACAUGCCUCCUGCAAAUCAUCAACACCGCCAGAGCUUGAGUGAGACCCUACGGGGUCCACCGGGCUCUCCACGUACCCGGCGCCAGCCUUCUCUAAACCAGUCUGCUCUUCAGAGCCUUAUCGAUAAUCCUCCUCCACCAAAGACUAUUGAUCCGGCUUUUGUUGAUCGCGAUUGGCGAGAGAUCUCCAUCGAGGAGCUUAUCAGCCCAGAUGACCUUCGAUUCGUUGAGAUGGACACAGGGAUUGAAGAGGCUACGAAUUUAUUGAUCGACUCUGGUGCCGCUGUGUUGUUGAUCCGGGAAACCCCAGAAGACAAAUGUGCGGUCGCGACCUUUGACUACUCAGAUUUAAACACAUAUCUGCUCCUGGCGGCUGGAUUGUCAUUUCCACCUGAGGAGCACCGCGCAUCGUAUGAUGAGAUUGCCAAGAAAGCUCGGGAAGGCGAGAAGAUUCCGAUAAGAGACGUGAAGCGUCUAGGUGUGGAGAAAGAGCCACUGGUCACUCUACCAGCCUCAGCGAAUGUGUUGGCUGCCGUUGAGACAUUUGGUGGUGGUGUCCACCGCUUGGUCAUUACGAAGGAGUCCAAUGAUAACGAGGUGGUUGGCAUUUUCAGCCAAUUCAGACUCGUGAAAUUCCUAUGGGAGAACGGACGCAGCUUCCCUGUUAUUGAACAGCUUUAUCCACAAGCCCUGCGGGAAUUGCGAAUUGGCUCACAGACUGUGAUCUCUAUUAAUGGCGACAAGCCUCUGAGUGAAGCUCUUCAAGUCAUGAACAGUGAGGGGGUAUCUUCUCUUGUUGUUGUUGACAAUCAUUUCAAUGUAAUCGGCAAUAUAUCUACAACGGAUGUCAAGCUUUUGACUCGCUCUUCUUCCUUGCCGCUUCUUCAGAACACCUGCAUCCAUUUCAUCUCGGUCAUCUUAUCUACUCGCGGAUUGAUUGAAGGACAAGAUUCUUUCCCCGUAUUCCAUGUGAAUCCGACUUCCACCUUGGCCCAUACAGUUGCAAAGAUUGUUGCAACUCGAUCACAUCGGCUUUGGGUGACUGAUCCAGCAUCUCCAUCUUCAUCGGGACCUCCAACACCCUCUCAUUCCGCAGUCCAUAUGCCUCUUCCAACUCCUCCUCUUGGAGCUGCCCCACCAGCUUUCCCUGUCAUCUCUCCCCCAGCCUCACCUCUACCUCAAGCAGCAGUUGCCCCACCACCUAGUUAUCCGGCGCCCCAUUACCCAACACCGCAGCCUGCAGGCCAGUAUUCACACUCACCCACAGCCACUCCACCCCUGGCUCCCUCAGUCACAUCAUCCACAUUGCCAGGCGCGCGACUUUCUGGGAAAUUAGUCGGUGUUGUCAGUCUCACUGAUAUUCUCAACCUACAUGCUCGCGCCAGUGGCCUCAGCCCUGCCGACCCAGACGAGUCUCGGCGCCGACGACGCAGCAGCUCAACAUCGAGCAUGAACGUCCGUCCAAAUGCUGAACAUGGCCGUGAGCUGUUCAGCCGUGGUGGAAUCUAA